AUGGCUGAUUCUGCAAACGAUAACAACAAUUCUGGAGAGUCUAGCGGAAACGGUAGAUCCAAGAGAAACACUAUAAUAAUAGUCAUCGUAACUUUGGUUGUUGUCACUAUUCUUCUUGCUGUGGCCAGCAAGAGAGGAUGGUUUGGUGGCAGCAAGAAUGGUGGAAGUCCCAGUAAGGUUGGUACUGAUACAGCAUCAAAGUCUCCUACACUAAAGUCAACUGAUGAAAGCAAGGGCAAGAACUCGGCAAAGAGUCCUAGCUCCAGCGCUAAGGAAGAGGAUGAAAACAAUGGUAGUGCUAGCAGUGGUAACUCCAACCUUUAUGGAUAA